AGUAACCUAUUGUCGCGUUGUAAUUUUAUUGUUAUUAUUUUUUUAUUUAAUUUUUACUCAGACUGUUCGUAAUGUUUAGUCUACAUUGUUAAAUAAUAGAUAAGAUAACGUUUAGUCUGCCUCAGUAGCUGGAUAACAAUGUCAGCGUACGGACCAGAGCACCCUCGUAACCUCAUUCCAGAGCUGUGCAAUCAGUUCUAUCAUUUAGGAUGGGUGACGGGAACUGGUGGUGGCAUCUCAAUAAAAGAUGGGGAAAAGAUCUACAUAGCACCUUCUGGGGUACAGAAAGAGAGGAUGAAGUCAGAUGACCUGUUUGUGCAGACUAUCAAUGACGAAGAUCUUGAACUUCCACCGCCAGAGAAACAACUGAAGAAGAGUCAAUGCACGCCGCUCUUCAUGCUGGCGUAUAAAGAGCGCGGCGCCGGCGCCGUCAUACACACACACUCUCCCCACGCCGUGCGGUGCACACUACUCUACGACAAGGAGUUUACCAUCACGCAUCAGGAAAUGAUCAAGGGAAUCAAAGACGCUAAACUCGGACGUUUCCUGCGCUACGACGAGAAUCUAGUCGUCCCGAUCAUCGAGAACACGCCCUUCGAGCGCGACUUGGCCGGCAGUCUCGGCGAAGCUCUCAGGCAAUACCCUGGGACAAGUGCUGUGUUAGUUCGGAGGCAUGGGGUCUAUGUGUGGGGGGAUACUUGGCAACAGGCCAAGACUAUGACGGAGUGCUACGACUACCUGUUCGAAAUGGCGGUAGAGAUGAAAAAACUGGGCCUCGAUCCUGCGUUCAACCCUGAAGCCCAGAACAAACCGGUGAACUGAGGCAACUUGUGAUUGGCUACUGUAGGUAUCGUUAACAGGGGUGAAUAGGGACGAAACUUAAAAUGUAAAAAAUACUCAAAGAAUUACUUCAUUCGAAUGAGAAUAACAGUAGAUUUUGUAUCAUACGUGUAAUUUGUGAUACAAAAACAAUUGUAAGUAUAUCAAGUCAGUUAUGAUGCCAAAGAAUUUAUUGUAAUGACGCCAAGCACGAGCAAUUUGGUUGUUGAUCCGCUUUUACAUCAAUCAAUCAAGUCAAUUAACUAAAUUCAUCGUGGAUAGUGGUUAGGUAAGGGUAGGCAGGUACAAAAUAAGAAGGCUUAAGGCUAAGCGUAAGGUUGCCACCGUAUCAAACGGAAAUAAUUUCCAAUCUGCCUUGGCAUUCAAAAUGCUACUUCGGUUUUAACACACUUAAAGAUCCAUGUCUACAAGCUACUUCUAACUUUUAAUAAGUACAAAAAAAUAUGUAUGUAAGUAUUGUAUUGUUUAAAUAAAGUUUAUAAUCAAAUAAUCGCAAGACUCCACUAAUAAAUCUAUUUUUAUUACUAAA